UUCAUUAAUUAAUGUUGUACUAGGGAGAUGAUUGGUACUGAUGCCCUUUAAUCGCUUCUCAUACGAACAGAAAUGAACUGUCCAGGCGUUAAUAUAACUACACGGUCUGACUGGGGCGCUCCCGCUUUAAACACUACUAUAUCGUUCUUGCUCCACCCGGUGCGGUACAUGGUAUACACCGACACCAAGGGGGAUGCGUGUGCGGGUUUCGACAUGUGUCGGGAAGUGGUCGCGGCAAUCCGCGAAUUCCACGCGGACACUACGUCGUGGACGUCCCAGACCGCCGCUAACUUCGUGCCGGAAAUCUUCUACAACUUUCUGAUCGGAAUGGACGGUAGUGUUUUCGAAGGCAGAGGUUGGGAUCGGCAAGCCGAUUACCAUCGCGAUUACAAUCAACAGGGCAUCGUUACCGCUUUCAUUGAGAAGAUUCCCACAGCCGGGGACGGUUACAGAGCGCUAACGUACGCGGCUGCCAAAGCAGCCAAUAAUUUACUGCAGUGUGCACAGUGGAUGGGCUACCUGAAUCCGGGGAACGACUCGGUUAUUGUCAACAUUCAUCCGCUGGCCAAGAACUACAUUCUCUACCCCGAAGCUAUGCAGUCUCUGAACGACACGCCCACUUUGCCCAGCACCCUGGAUAAGCCCAGCUUUUCGGAAGGUGUGGCCGCUGGAAUUGCCUUCAGUAUUAUAUUGCUAGUGGUACUUCUUCUGGUGCUUUUAUCUCUACUCUGGCCGUAUAUCAAAAACGAUUGGAAGAAGGCUGAUAACGAGUGUAUCGGGUCAACUCGUCAACAGAAGCGGAAGUUGUCUGACAUCAUGUUAGGGACGUUAAUGCGACUUGUUGACGCUCGUUUAGGCGGCAACGACCCCGCGGUUUCGGAAAUUGCUGUGUCUCAUGUGCAUACCGAGUCAAGAAAUUUACCACAGUACUGUACAGCGUGGACAUAGUCAGACAAGGGGCCGGCGAUUGCUUUGCGGAAAGAUGUGGUGAUUCGCUUUGAAGUUGCCAGCGAAUUCUAUUCUGCACGGUCAGACCUGUGUUUCAAUCCGAUUUCAGUAGCUCAAUUGCCCAGUACGUUUUUACAAAUGGCUGCACCCGGUAUUAACAUCACCUAUUUCAUAUGAAAAUUGCAUUCCGGCAGCAUGGGGCAGAUUUGCUGAGUUGUCGCCAUUGCUUUGCUCAGAUCUAGGUUAAUUGCCAAGCUUUUACGAUGAACCGUAUGUUUAUUAAAAUAAACAAAA